CGGCUAUAUAAAUUUGGGAGGGGAGUUGGGAAUUGACUUAGAGCUUUCCCCUGGCUCUUGCUGGAGGGCUCUGGAUACUGACUUCACACCCCUUGGCCAAUUUCUCCCUGGUCAGAAAGGUUUCUUCUGCCUCAUCGCUCACCUUCCCCCCCCCCCCCCACUGCAGGGAUCAUGUCUCAGCAGCCUCUCCACGUGAAGACGCCCAUCAGGGACAGUAUGGCCCUGUCCAAGGUGGCAGGCACCACUGUUUACCUCAAGAUGGAUAGCGCCCAGCCCUCAGGGUCAUUUAAGAUCCGGGGCAUUGGACACCUGUGCAAGACGUGGGCUGAGAGGGGCUGUGAGCAUUUCGUCUGCUCCUCAGCGGGCAAUGCUGGCCUGGCCGCGGCCUAUGCUGCCAGGAAGCUGGGCAUCCCUGCCACCAUCGUUGUGCCUAAUACUACGCCCUCCCUCACCAUCGAGAAACUCAAGGCCGAGGGUGCUAUGGUCAAGAUCGUGGGUGAGACGCUGGCCGAGGCGUUCGAGUUGGCGAAAGCUCUUGCCAAGAACAACCCAGGCUGGAUCUAUGUGCCCCCCUUUGAUGACCCCCUCAUCUGGGAAGGCCACACCACCAUCGUGAAGGAGCUGAAGGAGAACCUUCCUGCGAAGCCAGGCGCCAUUGCCCUGUCAGUGGGUGGCGGGGGCCUCCUGUGCGGCGUGGUGCAGGGCCUGCUUGAGGUGGGCUGGAAGGAUGUACCUAUUGUGGCAAUGGAGACCUACGGGGCCCACAGCUUCAAUGCAGCCACCAAAGCUGGCAAGCUGGUCACACUUCCCAAGAUUACCAGUGUGGCUAAAGCCCUCGGGGUGAACACUGUUGGGGCUAGGACCCUGAAGCUGGCCCAGGAGCACCCCAUCUUCUCUGAAGUGAUCUCGGACCAAGAAGCAGUCAGAGCUCUUGAGAAGUUUGUGGAUGAUGAGAAGAUCCUGGUGGAGCCGGCGUGUGGGGCAGCUCUGGCAGCUGUCUACAGUGGAGUGCUACAAAAACUACAGGGUGAAGGAAAGCUCCCGGCCAAGCUGCCCAGCGUGGUGAUCAUCGUGUGUGGUGGGAGCAACAUCAGCUUGGCUCAGCUGCAAGAGCUUAAAGAGCAGCUGGGAAUGAAAACUACCUGAGCCCACUCCUCGCCCCCACCUCCUCCGGCACCCCGCCAAGCACCCCCACACCCCCUUUGGGGCUGGAGUUUUAUCCAGCACCUUAUUUUAUUAUUAUUAUUAUUGCAGUUCUAUUGUUGUGUUGUUGUUGUUGGAAGGCACAUCCAUGAGGCUGGAAGAGGCAGAACUCUUUCUGGAAGGGGGGCUGGGGCUAGGGAGAAGACCUCUGGCCACUUGGGGACCCUGGGCAUUAAAGGGAAACCGUGAUCCUGUUAGCCCCACUUCCACCAGCCCACAGAAACCUGGGAGACCCAGGCAUGAGAGCUGAGCCAGGUGGGAGGGAAUGGUGGCGAUGGGUCACAGGACCUUCACGACUUACAUGCCCCCAUUUCUCUGUCUCGGAUUAGAAAAGAGGGGCCGAAAGGUCAAAAGAGCAGGGUCAAGACUGGACAGGGGAGGAGCAUUAGGUUUCUCCUCAUAACCCACCCCUCUUAGUUCCCCUCUCCAGGGCUGGGGAGUCAAUACCAGCCCCUACUUAUUUUUCUAAUGUCCAAACUUUUUCAUUGAAAAAAAAAAUUAUACAUCUAUUUAUGAAAGGUGA